CUCAAACCUCACAUGAACACUGUCCAGCUUCCCUCAAACCCCACAUCAACACUGUCCAGCUUCCCUCAAACCCCACAUGAACACCAUCCACAGUCCACAUUCCAUCAAACCCCACAUGAACACCAUCCACAGUCCACAUUCCAUCAAACCCCACAUGAACACCAUCCACAGUCCACAUUCCCUCAAACCCCACAUGAACACCACCCACAGUCCACAUUCCAUCAAACCCCACAUGAACACCAUCCACAGUCCACAUUCCAUCAAACCCCACAUGAACACCAUCCACAGUCCACAUUCCAUCAAACCCCACAUGAACACCAUCACCAUCCACAGUCCACAUUCCAUCAAACCCCACAUGAACACCAUCACCAUCCACAGUCCACAUUCCCUCAAACCCCACAUGAACACCAUCACCAUCCACAGUCCACAUUCCCUCAAACCCCACAUGAACACCAUCCACAGUCCACAUUCCAUCAAACCUCACAUGAACAUCAUCCACAGUCCACAUUCCAUCAAACCCCACAUGAACACCAUCCACAGUCCACAUUCCAUCAAACCCCACAUGAACACCAUCCACAGUCCACAUUCCAUCAAACCCCACAUGAACACCACCCACAGUCCACAUUCCAUCAAACCCCACAUGAACACCAUCCACAGUCCACAUUCCAUCAAACCCCACAUGAACACCAUCCACAGUCCACAUUCCAUCAAACCCCACAUGAACACCAUCACCAUCCACAGUCCACAUUCCAUCAAACCCCACAUGAACACCAUCACCAUCCACAGUCCACAUUCCAUCAAACCCCACAUGAACACCAUCACCAUCCACAGUCCACAUUCCCUCAAACCCCACAUGAACACCAUCCACAGUCCACAUUCCAUCAAACCUCACAUGAACAUCAUCCACAGUCCACAUUCCAUCAAACCCCACAUGAACACCAUCCACAGUCCACAUUCCAUCAAACCCCACAUGAACACCAUCCACAGUCCACAUUCCAUCAAACCUCACAUGAACACCAUCCACAGUCCACAUUCCAUCAAACCCCACAUGAACACCAUCCACAGUCCACAUUCCAUCAAACCCCACAUGAACACCAUCCACAGUCCACAUUCCAUCAAACCCCACAUGAACAUCAUCCACAGUCCAUAUUCCAUCAAACCCCACAUGAACACCAUUCACAGUCCACAUUCCAUCAAACUUCACAUGAACACCAUCCACAGUCCACAUUCCAUCAAAACCCACAUGAACAUCAUUUAGCUUCCAUCAUAAUGGAAUUUUCACCAAUUUGUUUUACUAACAUUAUGCAUAACGUUUUUCUCUAGAGAAUUUUAAAGCAAGCCUGAGACAUAUCAUUCUACUACUGCACCAGUCAGAAAGCAUCUUUAGUAGACAUGACACUUUAUGAAUGUAGAGUCAUAAUGCCUUUAUCAUAGUAAUACAUUCAAACAUUAAUUUCUUAAAUUAAUUAAAAACACAAGCAAUUUUAAAACUUCCCUAUGGUACUGAAGCAUGCAAUUUAUAGCUUCCAUUUCAGCUACAAUUCAAACAAAGCCCACAGACUACAUUCUAUAGCUGGAUCUCUCUUCAGACAGUGGAGAAGUGAGAGAACAGCCACACUUGGGUCGUGAUUAUGCAGGAAGGCUUCAGGGUAGCCUUAUUGCUAAAAACAUAUUUUGGGAGAGCAUGUGCAAACCUAGUCAGGUCCCCAAGUAUUGAAAAAUCCAACCCCUACUGAAUCAGCAAAGCAAAAUUUGGAGCCAUGCAUAGAGGCAGCAACUUUACUUCACUUAAAUGAUUUCCCGUAAACUGGAGGGUUCAUAUAUGUCCCCACACCUCGCUGUCAGCCACACGGUCUUAUUUUAGGUAUCUGGGGUACCUGAUACCUGGGCUGUGGAGUUUUAUACUUAUGUACAGGGAGCAGCCUGCUAGGGAAAUAUUGAUUGUUCUACAGUGGUUCCGAAAUGCUGUGUUUGCAAAUGUGGAACACAGCACACGAUAUGUUUAGUAAGACUGUGAAGUCAUCUAAAAAUAGAAAGUGAAAACUUUGCAGCAAAAUGAAGGCCACAUGUGCAGCCUGUUGGCAGGGAUAAACCUCCUCACAGACCACCCUACUCUUUCAAGGGCACACGUAAGUGGACAAAAUUUGGAGGGUAAUAUAUAACUUACCCCCUCUAUUGACAGAAUGGUAUUUUAUUUCUUUAAUUUAGGAAAUAAAAAUAUUGGGGAAUAACACAUUUAAGAAGAGGUGUUCACUCAUCACCAGUUGGUCCUUACUCUUCAAAAAUAAGCUAUCAAAACCAUAAUGUGAUGUCACCGCACAUCCAUUAGAUAUAUAGAAACUGGACCCUUGUGCACUGUUGAUGGUGACAUGGGACAGGACAAAAUGAUGUCAGUUCUUAAAAAAAAUGAAAAAUACAAUUAGGACAAGUUCUGGUAAUUCUGCUUCUGAGGCAUCUACCCAUGAGAAGAGAAAGCAGGACCUCAAGAGGCCCCCGGACGCCAUGUUCACAAAAGUAUAACUCGUAAUAGCCCAAUGUGGGAGCAGCCCACUGCAGACAGAGGUGUGGAGAUGGCAAUGCAGCACACUUGCAACAGUGGAAAACCACGACCCUCAAAGGGAAGGAAGCCGACUCCUCCACAUCCCAAGGGCGAAGCUCAAGGUCAUUCUCCUAAAAGAAGAAGUCAGUGGCAGCAAGACACAGGCUGAACUAUCUCGAAUAUGUGUGACGUAGCGAGGGUAGAAGACUCAGAAAGUUGACAGGAGAGGUUGAGGGGUGAUGGAAAUUUUUGUUUACUGGUUAUGUUUUUUAUUAGCCUACAGAGAGUGAGUUUUCAUUGUUGUAUUUUCCAAACAAAAUUUGUUUUUGUUGUGCCCCCUCUCCCCCAUUUCCUUCCUCUCCUCUUCCUUCCCUUGUGCCCUUCCCUCCCCAGGGCCUCCCUUCCUGCAGUAACUCAGUUUUCCAAGACAGGAGCUCUGGAGAUGGAUGGUGGAGGUUAAGGUUGACUGGCAAUGUGAACACACUUAAUAUUCUUCAUCCCUGAGAAAUAGUUAAGACUGCAAAUUUUAUGAGUAUUUUACCACAACUGAAAAUACCUACAAACACAUACUAGAUUUUAAUUAAGUCCUAAGGACACUGCAACCAAUGGGCCACAAAUACCAAGGACAGCAUCACAAACUCAGAGUUCCAAUGGCAGAGCCUGACACUGCUAUGUCGGGGACCACUGCUCUAUGUUCCUUGUUCACUUGCUGGGUCUGCAGACAACAAAACCUGGUUUUGUUCCCCUGUUCCCAGUUAGACUCCCCCAUUCCUGGAUCUAAAGCAUAAAUUGGCAAAGCCACUGAGUUGCUCUAGUUAAGGUGAAAAUCACCACUUUAUGACCCCUCUUAAGAGCACAAAUGCUCCAAAACAGAGACCAAAGGAAGAGAAAUCUGAAUACAUUGUACACUGAAGUAUCCAAAUAUCUACAUAGUUAAUCAAGAAAAGAGCUUCAACUUUCUCUAUGUAAAUGCCAUUAAAAAGCACAUUUAAUAGUGUAAAUUGUUAUAUAAUUUUAGAAUGAUAAAAGUAUUUUAUAAACACACAACUGAAUGUCUACUUGUCUAAUAACUUGGUGGAAAGUAACAGUGGGAAGCAGGACAUGGUGGCACACACCUAUAAUCCCAACACUCAGGUAACUGAAGCAGGACAAUUGUGAUUCCAGGCUAGCCUGGGUUAUAGAGUGAAUCUUUCUUAAACACAAAGAAACCAGAGCCAAAACCAAAAUGUGGUGAUUAAUCUUGAUUGUUAACUUGAUUAAACUGAGAGAUGCCUAAGACAUGAUUGGUAAAGCACACCUCUGGGGACAUCUUUUUCUAGAGAAGACUAUCAGGGGAGACUGUUGUGGGGUGGGCAGCAGCAUCCCCUAGGUCAAGGAUAUCCCCUGUGUUAAGUAGCAUCCCCCUCCUUUGCUGUACUAGCCCAGAAGACUGUCUCUGGCACUGUUUGGAAUCAUUCACUAUUCUCAACAUACAAAUCCCCAUCGUUAUGUGAUAAAGGGGGCUACAGGGGAAGGGCAUGUUAGCACAGGUAGUCCCUCUUUUCUGCUUCUUGGCUCCCACGAGGCGAGCAGCUUUUCUCUACCACACCCUUCCAGUAUGACAUUCUCUCUUGCCUUAGUUCUGAAAUACUGAAGCUAGCCAGUGCUGGAGGGCAGCCUCUGAAAUGAGAUCUAAAACAUGUCCAUUCUCCUGUAAGUUACUUCUGCCAGGUAUUUGCUAGACAUGAAGUCUAAGCUGUUCUAAAGGCGAAACGUUGCUCACACGUAAAACUAGGGACAUAAUGGCUGGGUCUGCAGCAUUAGGUUUAUGUUUAGCAGCCUGAUUACAAAGUUACAGGUGCCUUUGAAAUCAAAUCCCCCUCAGUCUCACAGCAGAAUGGAAAAAACUGUAAAAUUCAUGCAACGUUUUGGCAAAAAGUCAAGACUUCCCUGUAGGAAAUGAUAUAGAAAAGAAUGGUUGAAGUGAAGCUUUAGACUCUAUACUUAAGCUACAUACAUCAUGAUGGGGAUUUGUGUGUUGAAAAUAAUAACUGUUUCCUAACAGACCCAGAUUAUGGUAGAGAUAGUCUUCAGGGCUAGGCCAGCAAAGGAGGGAGAGGGUGCUGCUUAAGGCAGGAUUUUUCCGUCUUUGGUCAAGUACUUAAGAAGCAUCUGCAAGCUUGCUAUCCUCUGUCCCAGAGACUUCAGGGUCUACAGGGGAGACAUAAUUCGCAUUUCUCACAAGGUUCCAGGGGAGGCAGACACUACUUGGAAUUUCACUUUCAAUCCCACUGUCCUAAUGAAUGUCAUUAUGGGAUAUAUGUACUGCAGAGAUUUCCUAAAAUGUCUCAAUUUCUGAAGAAAACAGAAGUAAUUUAACAUCCACCUAGGAGAGGGAGAACUAUAUGGUUGUAAAGAUUAAAACAGAGCAGCUUAUGAAAUACACCUAUUUUAUUAAGUAGAUUAAGACACUCGAGCCUAAACGGAUGGCUAUCCAGGCCUGGGUGAAGUCAUGUACACAGCAAUGCUCAGAGAGAACCAUGGUGCCCACCACUCUAGUAACCCAACCAUGUAUGACACGAUUUCCCAUAGGCUCUGCGAAGAAGCUCACCAGCCACGAUGCUUGAGAAAGCAUGUCAGUACAGCACUCAGUAGGAAAUACAAUGCUAAAUUAAUGCCACGUGUAACAAGGACACCACAAGGCUCAGCAGGAGGGCUUUAGGAAAAACAAGACAGACUCAGCUAAGCGUGGACACUAAGACAGCGACUCUCCAGCCAAGACAUCUCAUGCUGUUUUUCAACUGGGCCUAGAGACAGAUCAUGAGUUGUUCGAGCUGGCCUUUCAUCAUUGGAUCUUAUUUUUCAGAUGCUAAUUCAUUUUAUUUUUCUGAGAUAACCAGCAAGCAUUUAUGAAUAACAAAGCUCUCCAAAUUUCAGUGCAUAUUUGAGGGACAUAUGAAUCCUGGACAGAAAUCAUUCUGGAACAAGAAAACAAUUCCUGCAAUUUCUAAGUUGUGCUACAAUGAGGCCAAAAAGGAAGGAACUCUCAGAUCAUUACACAGUCAAAUGUCAAUCACUUGAAUAAAUUGCAAGGGAUUCAAAUACAGUAAUAGUCAAUGAUACAAAAAAAGGUGCAAAAGUAAUAUGCCAAAUUAAAUGUUAUGAAUCCCUAGAAAGAGAUCCUAUGCCAAUGAAAUUUAGAACAGUUUAUUUUCCAAAUAUUACUUUUUGUGCAGGCAGAUAUAGGCUGUCAAUUUGCUGGGAUAAUAUGCUUUCUACACUGAGGGAUUAACACAAUUGGAUAUUAACUUAAUGUUAAUGUUAGCUUAAGAUGCUAACACAUCUUAGCAAUUGCAGACGCCUUAUAGGCCUUUAGUGAGAUACCUUAUGAUGCAGGUCAAUGCAGGAAAGGUAUUCCAGAUGAUGAUGCUUAAGGCAAUCUCUCAUAAAGUUUAAUCCAAAUUUAUGAUGAUUCAUAGCUUCCUUUCAGAGUUCUAAAAGUUUUGUGUUGCUAUAGUUCCAAAUUCUGAAAGGUUAGUUCAUUGCUAGAGAAUGUUCAACAUUGUGAUACCAGACCUCAGAACUUAUCACUAACAAGGAAAGACACAAAGGUAUUGUGAUGUUUUUCAACUAGACACCAAUGUGAAGAAUGAACCUCAUUCAGUGCCACGGUGUCAGUUUCUGGAGACAGCAUUUUGUGUGCAAGAGAGAAUUCCAUCCACAAGUACUAAAAUCUCAUGAUUGAUUUACACAUUUGCUCUCAAAUGCUGUCAUUGGUCAGCCACUCAUCUACAUAUGUGUAAAGGUCAGGAGAUGAGCUGGACCACGCAGGGGGCGUCACUGUUCAU